AUGAGUGAGAGCGGGGGAGCACCACCGGCGGACGGCGGUGGAGUUGUGUCGUCCGACCAGGAAAUAGCGGAGGCGCUGGUUUCUCUCCUCCGCGAUUGCACAAGCAACAACUCUUUCGCCUCCCUGAACGAUGUCGUUCGACAGCUCGAGUCGAAGAUAGGUUUCGAUUUAAGGCACAAAAUAGACUUCAUUCGUAACCAGAUCCACAGUUUCAUCCUCCUCCAAAGCCAGGCCCCCAAUAUCCUCUCUCACCAGAAUCAGCAAAAGGACCAUUUCGCCCUUCAACACACCCCUAAUUUCCACCCCGGUCCUUCCGCCCAACCAAAUAUCGCGGUCCAUCCCCCGGAGAAUUACGGGUACCCACCGGCUACCCAUCAGCCUCCCCCGUCUCAGCAGCAUCAUCAACCAUCACCACCACCCCCGCAUGCGGUGUUGAAGACGAGUAAUGUGGUCGCUGCUAGUGUAGCUACCAGUGGAAACCCCAAAGAAAGGUAA